AUGACAGUAUUACACUUUUUAAGUUGUGUAUCCAUUACAUAUAUCCCAUUAUAUAUUGCUUAUAAAUCAACUAAAGUUGGUGAAUUCAAAGCACUCUCAACAGUUGGAUAUGGAUUGAUUGGUAAUAUCUUGACACAACUAGCAAAGAUGAUGUUUUUAGCUACAUUCUUGCCAUCUUUUGAUUCGACGAUCUUCAGUGUAUUACAAGAGUUGGUUAGAUUGGUGAAUGUGUUGAUCGAUUUGUUUUCAAUUUACACGUUGUUGCAGAUGUCUCACGCACCGAAGGAUGUGCGUGCAUUCGGUAUCGGUCUGGGCUGGGUGAUCGCCGAUGUCCUCCCACGAUUCUUUUCGUUGUGGGUCGGUGCGCUGCCACUCGAGUUUGACGCCAACCAACUGAUCGGAUCGCUCCAAUCCAACGUUAACUGCGCACACACCGUUGCCAUCGUAUUGCUACUGGCGUCGGCAUCGCGUCGUUCCUCCUCGUCGUCAUCAAAGAACAGCGGUUCAAACCGUUCGAUCACAUCGUUGUUCAACGACUUCCUGGCGACAGCAACCUCCUCCUCAUUCUCCGUAUUGAUCUAUCUCACAUUACCCACUGUCUUGAACUACCUCAAAUUGCAAGCUGGAUUCAGCGCAUUCUACCUCUUAUUAGUCGACCUCAAAAUCUCAGCUUUCAACUGUUACAUUAUCUAUCGUGGAUUAUCUCAAGAGCUCUCUACAUCUUCACCACCAACCUCAAGAUAA